AUGGCGAAAGCAACACUCGCGAUAAUAUGCCUGCUGGCAGGUAACGUUAUUGCCGCUGCCACCACCUCACCACCCGACGGAGGAGACGACAACGUCGCAGCAAGAAAGGCGCAAAACUACGAGAUGAUCGCCAUCAUCGUAUCGGCAGCCGUGGGCGUCAUGGUCGGCGGAACCAUGCUGUUGUUGUUUCUGUGGUUCUUGGUGUACAAGUUCCCUGGAUGGGUGUCCGAUAUGAGGAAGGGGAAGGGCAGCGAUGAACGUUUACUCCCAACUAGCAUGAGGCAUUGA